AUGGCGAAGUCUGUUGCUGGAAUCCGUCCUACAGUUGCAAUCCUAAUUGCUUUCCUUCUCAUUGUUUCCUUGGUGGUGCCAACGGCAGAGGGAGUAAUAUGCCCGCUGGAGUCGAAGCGUAGCAAGACAUGGUCAGGGGUUUGUGUCCAAUCCAAGAACUGUGACAAACAAUGCAAGACAUGGGAACGUGCAAAGCACGGUGCCUGCCAUGCAACUUAUGGCAAAGUUCUCGGUGUGAAGGUUCUCGCAGUUCUGCUGGAUCGGAGAGAACCUACGCGUGUUGUUUCUAAGUAA